AUGUCUUUUCGUGGAAGAGGAGGUGGAAGAGGCGGUGGCUUCAAUCGUGGAGGAGGGGGGGGUGACAGAGGUGGCUUUAAUCGUGGUGGACGAGGUGGCUUUGGACGAGGUGGUGGACGAGGAGGCUUCAACAGAGGCGGAUAUGACCAGGGGCCUCCAGAGAGGGUAGUUUUACUGGGAGAGUUCAUGCAUCCGUGUGAAGAUGACCUUGUUUGUAAAUGCAAAACAGAAGAAAACAAGGUGCCUUAUUUCAACGCCCCAGUGUACUUGGAUAAUAAGGAACAGAUUGGCAAAGUGGAUGAAAUCUUCGGACAGCUGAGAGAUUUUUAUUUUUCAGUCAAACUGUCUGAGAACAUGAAAGCCUCUUCAUUUAAGAAAAUGCAAAAGUUCUACAUCGAUCCAGCAAAGCUGCUGCCCCUUCAGAGGUUUUUGCCAAGACCACCUGGAGAGAAAGGUGCUCCCAGAGGAGGGGGUAGAGGAGGACGUGGUGGUGGACGUGGAGGAGGAAGAGGUGGUGGUAGAGGAGGAUUUGGAGGAGGAAGAGGUGGAGGAAGAGGAGGAGGAUUUAGGGGAGGAAGAGGCGGGGGAGGAGGAUUCAGAGGAGGAAGAGGUGGUGGAGGAGGCUUCCGGGGGAUGGAGGAGAACAGGCUGCCUCCCUACCCUUUGGAAAUAACUUUGGAACUUUCCAACUUUGGAAAUAACAAUAGAAAAGUAGAAUCUCCCUGGAUUUCAUCUGGAGCUGGGAGUUCAUUCACAGACUCUCAGUAUACCAAUUACUUUUGA